GGAAGCGGAAGUGGCGCGGGGUCGCCGCCGUGGUGCCCGCGAUGCUGUCGCUGGACUUUCUGGACGAUGUGCGGCGCAUGAACAAGCGGCAGCUCUACUACCAGGUGCUGAACUUCGGCAUGAUCGUCUCGUCCGCCCUCAUGAUCUGGAAGGGGCUGAUGGUGGUGACGGGCAGCGAGAGCCCCAUCGUGGUGGUUCUGAGUGGAAGCAUGGAGCCUGCGUUUCACAGAGGAGAUCUCCUGUUCCUAACAAACCGAAUUGAAGAUCCAAUCAGAGUGGGAGAAAUUGUGGUCUUUAGGAUAGAAGGCAGGGAAAUUCCUAUAGUCCAUCGUGUCCUGAAAAUUCAUGAGAAGCAAAAUGGCGACAUCAAAUUUUUGACGAAGGGAGACAAUAAUGCUGUGGAUGACAGAGGGCUGUACAAACGAGGGCAGCACUGGCUGGAGAAAAAGGAUGUAGUAGGAAGAGCAAGAGGGUUUGUGCCCUAUAUUGGAAUAGUGACCAUCUUAAUGAAUGAUUACCCAAAAUUUAAGUAUGCAGUCCUCUUUCUACUGGGUUUAUUUGUGCUGGUCCAUCGAGAGUAGUCUGUUGCACUGAAGUACGUAGUGAAGAUUCCAUGGAUUUUGUAGAUGAACGUUUUAAGUAGAAGAUGAUGGUCCAAUGUGCCGGGAGGAAGAAGAAAACGUACAUUUCAAAGCUUCUUGCCAGUUUGGGUUUGUUUUGUUUUUUACUGCCUAAGGGCGAAUGUUUGUCACAGUAUUUCCAAUGGUUUGUCACAUUUUAGCAUUUUUAGUGAGUUUUUUAUAUUAAAAUUUUAAGCCAAACUGUUCAGUGUUUGAACUUUGAAGCUGAGCUUCCUCUCCAAGUGCCUACAGGACUGUGUCCUUUAAGUCUGUGCCUCCACUGGGCAAGUGUGACCUCUCCCCAUGCUGACUGAACUGUCAAAUGAUGAUCUGUGGAGGUGAUGGUUUUUUUCCAAUUUAGAACUGGAAUAAAGAUUUUACAUCUCGCCCA